AUGGAUGAGACACGGGAGGCAAAGCAUGGAGCGCCGCCGUCGGCUGAGCCUCUGGAACAAGUGCAGUCGCAACGGCCAAUCCCAAAUGGCGGCUUGGAAGCAUGGCUUAGUGUCUUCGCGGUUUUCUGCGUCUUCGUCAAUUCCUGGGGUUUGAUCAGCACUUACGGCGCCUUUCAGGAGUUCUACCAAACGGUACUUCUCCCUAAUGAAUCCCCUUCUUCCAUUUCCUGGGUAGGGAGCAUUCAAGCCACGCUCGUUGUCAUGGUGGGCAUUGUAUCCGGGCCAUUGGUUGACCUCGGCUACCUUCGCCCUCUCAUUAUCUCUGGAAGCUUUCUUGUCGUAUUUGGGAUGAUGAUGACUAGUCUGGCUACCCAGUACUAUCAAGUGAUUCUUGCUCAAGGGUUUUGCGUUGGCAUCGGCGGCGGCAUCGCAUACAUCCCCGCCCUGGUCGUGAUCUCGAUCCUUUCCUUCUACAUGGUUGCCAUCAUUAACGGCGCGUCUGCAUUCGGGCGAACUGUCCCAUAUCUCUUGGGAUCGCGCGUGAAGCCGAUCGGCAUUCUCAUAACCUGCGUAGCAGGCUCCGCAAUUGCUAUGUUCACCUGGACUGCUGCGACCAACAUUCCUGGAUUUAUUGUGUGGGCAUGCUAUUGGGGGUUUCUGACCGGGGUUUUGGUCACCGGACCAACCUCGAUCGUCUCGCAUCCCGCUCUAUGCCCCGAUCUGAAAAUGCUUGGAACUCGGAUGGGCAUGAUGUGGGGGAUCAGUUCGCUCGGAUCGUUGGCUGGAACGCCUAUUGCUGGAACACUGGUGGAACUGUCCGAAGCAAACUUCUUGCGCGCUCAGAUUUUUGCGGGAUGCAUGAUGGUAGGUGCUGUCGCACUGCAAUCCUGCCCAACAUUUGUGAUCUUUCGGUAUGACCGGAAGGGACAAGGUUCUCAGUAA